AUGUCUCCCAGUAGCAAUUCCAAAGACCACGGGCAAUUCAGUGUCAAUGAUGCUGACAACAGCAGCUAUUGCGACAACCACAGUGUCAGUGGUGAUGACCGCCAAGAAGAACGUCGUCUGACAAACAGUACCAGCGAUGACCGCCAAGAGCGUCCUACGACGCAUGAUUUGCCAAUGGAAUUUAUCAGUGCUGACCGUUGGACCAACAAAAAUACAACCAGGCCUACUACUUGCAACGACAUCACGGCUCAGAGAAUGAUUCCACUAGUGCGCCCACCACCAUCCUCCCUGUUUUGUAUGAUGUCCUCUGCGCCAAAAAGACUCCGCUACGACGCUUCUCCUGAGGAGCGAAUCGAGUACAGCAAGAGCAUCAUCGAUGAGGCUCUAGGCAUCAUCCAUGGACGAAAGGAUGACAAAUUGGCUAGUAAUGCUACGAUGCCACAGCGGCAGUAA